AUGAGCAAGGCUAACGAUAUUGGUCUUAUCUUCAGUUACGUCUAUGAUAAGAUAAGUAAAAUGCAUUUACAUAAUAUUACAUAAACUUUAUCAUCAAUUAAGAUACAACUUGAAUUAAUCCAAGGAUAGAUGGAUGAUGUGACUUAGAAUCUUACCUAUUCAAAUUUAGAGUAUUUAUUUGAAUGGGCUAAAGCUUGUUAAUAAUCAAUGAAGAUUAAUUUUUUCUAAAAUUAAGAAGAGGCUAGGUUGAUGCAUGAAAUUAACUAAAUUUUACUUGAAAUAUUUUAAUACUUUCACAAUGCUAUUGACAAGAACUUUAUGGUACCAUAAUCAACUAUAUGUAUUACUAAUGAAUUAGGAAAUAUCAUUACAUAAGAAGACAAUUUUAUUGAAAUCAUGGGAAAUUCUUCUUUUGUUAAUUUUGCUCAAUUUAUAGAUGUCUUUGCUAUUCCCAACUUCAAAUUAGGUUCAGAUAACAUUGAUAAUGUACAAACAACAUUCUACAAAUUGAAUUAUGGAGUAUUGGAGAAGUUUUUCACAUAAGAAAAUACUUUAUCUUAAAUACUAAAAAAUGUAGCAUAAUAAAGGGAACAUUUUUUUUAGAGAUUUUAACUAAAUGUCACAAUAGGCAAUUUUGAAUUUUCUAAAUAAGAUGAGUAGAAUUAGUUUUUCUUUUAUCAUCCUCUCUAUGCAUUGAAUGAAGAAAAGAUAAAAAAAUUAUUAAUAGUGUAGUUUGUAGCAUUAAAUUUUCUACCAUCAAUUUAAUUAGAUGAAUAUGUUCAAUCUGUUAAAUUUAUUGAUACCAUAAAAAAAUUCUACUAGAAAUUGAUUAAUACAUAAUAAGAUGAAUGA